GGUAACUCGCUCUGUCUCUGCUAACAAAAAAGUUAUAUAAAAUAACUUUUGUUUUAGAUUGUACAUCCGAGAACUAAUCCUUUAGACACGAUUGAAAAACAAAAUUUAGACUUUUUCGGAUAAUGAUAAUCGGAGAGAAUUGGCGACUGGGAAAAAGAAACAGAACAUUUUAUACCUAACAGCGAGUCAUCAUAUUUUAUUGGAAUAGAAGCGGAAGCCGUUCUUGUAUUUGCCGAAUUGGAUGAUUCGAUGACGUCACUCUGAGCAUCGCCACAACUGAGCUGGACUCGCCUCUCCUCAGUAAUGCAGUAGAAAGCUCUAGGGGGUACUGGUUAGUUGCUGUGAAAAUAUACGUAGAUACAUCAGGAAAACUGCGCUUUCAUAUUUACCUUGCGCACUAGAUUAAGAAGCCACAUUCCGCUCGGCUGGGAUUUAGCUACACUGCGAUCCAGACGAGACGAAUCUUUAAAAAAAGUUUUCUGUCAACAUUUAGGGAAAUUGUUGGAAUUCUGUUUGGUAGUCUGAGAGAAUUAAGGAAACGGAGGUGCAGAAAUUUAGAAAGAUCUCCAAAGGGGUUUUAUAUAUGUGAAAUCUGACAGCAGCACAAUGGCAAGCAAGAACAGAAAGAUCGCGCCAGAAGUGGAAGACAUCUUUGACAAAUACAUCAGGGGAAACAUGAGAAACCUAAAAAGGCCAGAGGCGAUGAAAAUGCUUACGAAAGAGUUCAAGCUGAAGCCAGAUGAGGCAGAGGCCAUCUUUAACAACUUCGAUAAGGACGGCAAUGGUGUGAUGAGCAUUUGGGAGUUCCAGCAGUUUUAUAUGAUGACGGGCAACAGUGUGCAGGAAAUUGUCGCUAAAUUUCAUGAACUUGACGAAGACGACAGUGGAGCUCUGGAUGUCAACGAAGCACGCAAAGGAUUGGCAGCCAUGACAGUCAAUGGGCGUCUCCUGCAGGACAAAGAGAUCGACUUUUUCAUCACGUCCUCUGCGCGAGGAGAAGACAACACCAUAGACCUAGGAGAGUUCGUAUCUUUGAUGGCGAAACUGAAACUGUACAAGCCACCAAAUUGAUUUUUAAGGAAUUUAAGACAUUUGGUCGUCAUUUUGAGAACCCGAAUUGGGAAAGGCCUCUGGGAGACAAGCUAGGCCUACUGUUUAUAGGGAUUCAUCCGGAUUGCCUUUUCGUUACAUGCAAACCAAAGGCCUAUGUAUAUUUGACCAUUUAAAAGCUUGCUGAAGAAGAACGACAACCAUUAUUCAUGUAUUUAAAAACUUUAAUUGGACUGCCAUAUAACGCCCCAUCGAGACGCAUUUUCCCUGGCCAAUAUGGCACCGGUGUUUUGAACAUAAGAAGACAUAUAAUCGUAAAUGACCCAGGAACUUAUUUUUACUCGCUCUUUAUUAUUUUUCUUUUUCUCACCAACAAGAGUGAGGCGAUAGUUUAACAUAAUGACGGCGGACACCAAGAUUUUUUUCUUUUGAAUUUAUUUUAUAAACUAAACGCACAGAUAUUGCAGGGCGUAUUUUGUAACCACACCACCCCUUUGUCAUUUUGAAAAUGAGAAAUUGAAUAAAUUCAGACUUUUUUUAGUAUUUCAUUUAUUUAUUUUGUCUUUAGAUAGUUCAUAUGUUACAUUCGAAGUUGCUUCUGAUCACUUAUGAUAGAUGAAAAUCAAUCAAUAGUAUUAUUACACAUGGAUAAAAUACAUUUAAAAACUAAGUGGGAUGUGCGUAUUUAGUUAAACUUUAGGUUGUUAUAUUGAAUUAAUGAUACAGUUGGUGCACAUUCGGUUUUAUUUCACCUGAUGUCAUAAUUUAUCAGAGUUUUCUUUGUUUUGUAUCUUUUAAUUUAAAUAAAUAAGAA